AUGACGGUACUCCUCUUGUGUUGGACCAAUGCACCUUAUUCUCAAGCAUACAUGCUCGCAAACACAUUAGCCGAUAUAAGUCUUCAGUUUGACUAUCCGAGCAACACGAUGAUCAAUGCCCGCCUCAUAGAUCAUGCAUUCUUUCCACGUCCAUCAAUAAAAUCCCUUAGACCUAUCCAGACUGGAAUUUUGGUUGAGGGUAUCUUACGACGUAAUACUUAUCAAGUCAACAUGGAGACACGAGGGCUGAAUUCUGAAAAAACAAUAUCGACAUUGCGAAACAAGGAUGACCCCUUGGAAAGUGAACUUCGGGGAAUCUUUGGCGAAGCAAUUCAACACGGUCGACCUGAGGAAAGUCUUUUGGAAUCGAGCCGAAAUGGAUGGUCAAACCUGGCAGCAAGAGGACCAUUCAAUACUCCUGAAACGUAUGCACGACUGGUGAAUGUUUGUCGUUGGUAUCAACGCGUCAUGGAUCCUCAAGAGCUUCAACGUAGAUGUCACCUUUUGACCGUGAUGAGUGCAAGAGGAAAGAAGCCGGUUUGGUGGAGGAAGGAGGAUAUGUAUAUGCUGUGGUCACGCGGAUUGAACUGGGAAGUCGUCAUCAAAAUUGGGGAUUCGUUAAAAUUAUGGGAGGCCAAAAACAGAAGGUGGAGCGCCGCCGAAUUGAAUGAGGCUCGUCGAGUGCUUCUACUGAUACUCAGUAGGCGGACGAAUGCCAAUCAACAAACUAUUCCUUGGGACAUUUCUGCAGAGAAGGGUUGGCUGCAAAUUUUCUGCCUCAGUCCAUCAGAUGGUCCAAAUCCUCCUCGAACAUCUCACACUUCUCGGCUUUCAGCAAACUGUCACACAUCUACCUAUAGCCAGCGAUUCAACAUGCUCGUUGGUAAUGUCAAGAGUAGUUUUCGACAGCCCUUGUCCGAUGAGAAUCUUGAACGGGGCACAUGGAUCAACGAUGGCUUGCGAUUGGAAUUCUUAUCAAAAGGCUUUGACCCAAAUCUGAUGGUAAAACUGAGAAUAGCCUUGGAGGCACCCAAAAUCCCUCACACUUCGCAAAGUACGCUCACCGAGGGAGCCCAACUUUUGUACAAGUACAUCGGUAUGGAGCCAAAUGAUCCGAACACUGCUGUUCGUCGCUGGUUUGGGGAAGCCAUCGAGCCUGGGAUUUUUGAAUCUCGACUUCGACUCACCAUGCAACGACUUCUAGCCGCCAAAGUUCAUUCUGUACCUGUAAAAUCGGAUCCAACGCAGUGGAAAGCCAAGUGGGCAAGAUUUCUCGCAGAAUUUUAUACCACUGCCAACAUAUCCUAA